GUUGUAACACAUUCAGGAAGUAUCAAUCGAAGGGUGUAAGAAAAGGAAGUGGCAGGAUGAUGGGCAACAUGUGUCUUUCAAACGGAUAGUGCAAGAGAAGCAAGAUGGCGCGUUUUGUUAAUGCAAGGACCUCUUGGACUGGGAAAGCCUCUGUGACCCAGUUGUUUGCUGGGUGUUCAGAAGACCGGAGGAAAUAUGCUUACUGUUAUUGUUGACUUUUUUAGGAUAGCAGUAAAGAGCACGGUAUCCAAGUUCUGUGUGUGCUGUAUUCAAAUAACUCACAAACGCCUUUCCAAAACCCUAAAAACACUGAACUUUAAACCAUGAACUUUCUGUCAGCUUUAGUGACAUUUGAAAACCUCCAUGAGGUUCGGAGGUUGUGUCACUGGGGCCCAGUCAUAGCUCUGACAGUCAUUGCCAUAUGUUCUUCAAUGGCGAUAUUGGACUCAGUUAUCUGGUAUUGGCCACUGGACACUACAGGAGGCAGUGUCAACUUUAUCAUGCUUAUCAAUUGGACUGUCCUCAUCCUUUACAACUACUUCAACGCCAUGUUUGUUGGCCCUGGAUACAUACCGCUGGGAUGGAAACCAGAAAAACAACAGGACACCCAAUAUUUACAGUUCUGCAGACUGUGCCAAGGCUACAAGUCCCCAAGAUCCCACCACUGCCGCAAGUGCAACAGGUGUGUGAUGAAGAUGGACCACCACUGUCCAUGGAUAAACAACUGCUGCGGUCACCAGAACCAUGCCUACUUCACCAGCUUCCUGUUAUUAGCGCCUUUAGGCUGUUCUCAUGCCGCAAUCAUUUUCAUCAUGACCAUGUACACACAGCUUUACGAGAGAAUUUCUUUUGGCUGGAGCACUGUAAAGAUUGACAUGAGCGCCGUCAGAAGUUUUCAACCCAUCAUGCCAUUCAGUGUGCCUGCCUUUGCCGCCACUCUCUUUGCCUUAGGGUUGGCACUGGGCACAACCAUUGCUGUUGGCAUGUUGUUCGUAAUACAGAUAAAAGUCAUCCUUCGAAACAAGACCUCGAUCGAGGCCUGGAUUGAGGAAAAGGCUAAAGACCGAAUCCAAUACUACCAAACCGGAGAGGAGUUCAUCUUUCCCUAUGACCUUGGGAGCCGCUGGGAGAACUUCAGACAGGUGUUCACCUGGUCAGGGAUGCCUGAGGGCAGCGGUAUCGACUGGCCCGUCCACAAGAAGUGUCACCAGCACACCUUAACAAUCGAGCAACUGAAGCAGAAAGCUGAUAAGAGGGUGAGAAGUCAGGUCCAGUACAGGGUAGUGGAGGACUACAAUGGGGCCUGUUGCCCACUGAGCAAGGGGAUCAACACCUUCUUUAGGACUCCAUGUACAGAGGAGCCCCGGAUCCCCCUCAGCAAGGGGGAGACCAUUCUUGCAACCCGGGGCACCAAAUGGUGGAUGUACGGAGACAAAGUCCUGGACGAGAAACAAACAAAGGCUGGAGCUCGCAUGAGGGGAUGGUUUCCAAGGAGAUGUGUUGAGAAGUGCCAUUACGACACGGCAACCACUGAAACCACUAGCGAAGAAAAGAAAGUGAAUUAAUGUAUUGCAGUCUGAACAUGGAGCAUGUUUCAAAGUAAACCCCUGGAGAAAAGAGGCAGAUGGUGUUUUGUCUUCUGGGUGUGGCCUCCUCUGCUAUUAAAAGGAUAAGUCAACAUUUCUGUUUGCUUUUACUAGCUAGACUAAACCAACCCUGUUGAUUCCCUUAAAUGUCUCUAGAUAUCUAAAGUAGACAGGAUUUUGCAAUGCUAAUUUGAACAAUUUGACUAAUUUCUUUUUCUCUAGAAAUCCCCCAAAUACUGAAAUGGGUACAUCAGGAUGAAUCACCUGGGGCCUCAUGUAUAAACGUUGCGUACGCACAAAAAGCUUGUGCACGAUGGUUUUCACGCACACUUUGUGAUGUAUAAAGAUUUACUUGACGUGAGAAUGUGCCGGCCGUCACGGAAACUUUUGAGCAGACGUGAGAAUGUGCGGACCGUCCGCAAAGUCUUGUCUGGCUCUGUAACAUGGCGAAUUCUAACUGAAAAGUGUCGAGACUCACCAAACAUUACAAAAUAACGUUUCCACUUGUACGUUUAUGACGUUGA